AUGACUUCCGAACUCGUUCUAUUUGUAUCGAUGCUUUCGAUGUUACAUCUGAUCAAUGCAAAGCCGGAAGGACAUGCACACUCUUUCCAACAUUUUCACGGUCCUGUGACGGGCACCGAACACGAAGUCAGUUGGAAUGACGACGACGGUUCUCAUGAAGAUUACGUCGCUCAACCCCAUUAUGCCUUUUCGUAUGGGGUUGAAGAUCACUAUACGGGCGAUUAUCACGGUCAAAAGGAGCACAGAGACGGCUCGGACGUGUUCGGGGAGUAUACUGUGAAGGAACCAGACGGUAAUGUUAGAACGGUAAAGUACCGCGCGGGCAAGGAUGGAUUUCACGCCAAAGUACUUAACAGCCAUCGAAACGAUCGUCAACAAGACGUUGAUCAUCAUUACGAUCAUUAUUAG